AAACGUUUACGUACUCACGCACUCACGCGCGCACGCAGACACGCACGCGACAAGACGCGACCCCGAAGAACGUCUCGCGCGCGCACCUCUCUAGACAGGCGGAGAAUAACGGAAAAUAACAGACACUAUUUAAAAACAAAACACCAAAACAGUAAAAUACAUGCGAGUAAGAAGGAUAUUGAGAACAGGAAUCGACUGGAGCUUUGUUAUUCGGCUUAUUAUUAAUAAUUUUUUUUAAUGUAUAUAUUUAAAAUGAGAUAAUUAAAGAUGAAGGCGGACAUGGUGAUGCUGAGGAUGGUGUUGUUGUUAGGUUGAGAGGAGCACAAAAGAAAAAAAAUCUCUCACUGACGACGGAGGAGGAGGAGAAAGGAGGAGAAAAAGGAAAAGACAAACAACACGCCGAAAGAAGAACGAAAGAAAGAAAGGUAGCACAGCUGCCGCUCGGAUGCAGCCGCCAUCGCCGCUAUGCUAACACGGAGCUGGGUGAUGCUGCUAGCGGGGCUGAUGUCGGGCUUCUUCCCGGACAGAGCUCACGGAGCCCCGCAGCCAGAAGUGUCUUUCUCGCGGGACGUGUCUCUCUCUCCUCCAGCCUACGUGGUCAUCCUGGUCUCCUGCUCAGGCCUUGUCUCAUUCAUCCUGCUGCUCCUCACCUGUCUGUGCUGUAAGAGAGGAAGCGUCGGCUUCAACGAGUUUGAUAAUGCUGAUGGUGAAGAAUGUUCCAGUCCUGUUCCUGAGGACAGUGUGUCCUCGUGUGUGUCUCUGCCCGAGGUUUACACACUUCCUCUGCGAGACAGAGCAUGCUCAGCGCUGCCUAAUGGCACAGGGUCGAGUACACAGUGUUUUCGCAGACACACUCUCAACUACCUGCAGGAGAUCGGAAAUGGCUGGUUUGGAAAGGUGAUCUUGGCCGAGGUGCUGUGUGACUGCAGCCCCUCUCAGGUGGUAGUUAAAGAGCUGAAAGUCAGUGCCAGUCCUCUGGAGCAGCGCAAGUUCCUGGCCGAGGCCGAGCCGUACAGGAGUCUCCACCACCCCAACAUCCUGCAGUGUUUGGGUCAGUGCAGUGAGAGUAUUCCUUACCUGCUGGUUAUGGAGUUCUGCCAGCUGGGCGAUCUCAAGCGGUAUUUGAGAGCUCAGAGGAAGUCGGACGGCAUGACCCCUGACCUUUUGAACCGUGACCUUUUGACCUUGCAGCGAAUGGCGUAUGAGAUUACGUCAGGUCUUUUACACCUGCAUGAGAACAACUACAUACACAGCGAUCUGGCACUGAGGAACUGCCUGCUUACCUCAGACCUGACAGUCCGGAUCGGAGACUAUGGCCUCUCACACAACCACUAUAAGGAGGACUAUUAUUUAACACCGGAUAAGCUGUGGAUUCCUCUGCGCUGGAUCGCUCCAGAGCUGCUGGAGGAGUUUAGAGGAGAAUUAGUGGUCACAGACCAGACGAAGACCAGCAACGUGUGGUCCUUAGGCGUGGUGAUUUGGGAGCUGUUUGAAUUCGGUGCACAGCCACAUCGCCACUUAAGUGAUGAAGAAGUUCUCACUUUUGUCAUUAAGGAGAGACAGAUUACACUGGCUCAGCCGCGCCUCAAACUCUCACACGCCGACUACUGGUACGAGGUCAUGCAGUCAUGCUGGCUUCCACCUCCACAGCGUCCAACAGUCAACGAAAUCUUCAUCCUCCUUUCCUCUCUCCUGGCCGCGGAACAAGGAACAAGCAGGACGAGUGUGGCAGAGGAAGAAGACGAAGACGAGUAUGAGGAAGCUCACGGCCGUCGGAGGAGAGGAGAAAGCGAAGAGUCAUUCGAAAGGCGAUGGGACUCACUUCGCCCCAGUGCUUUCCAGUCAGCUGCAGGUGAACGACAGAAGGAGAGAGGAUAUAGCAGAGAGGACGGUAACUCCUUCCCUCUUCUGGAUCCCGUGAAUUCGAUCCCUCCUUCAUCACAUGAGCUUGACGACAUCCUGACAGUCACUGAGACGAGCAAAGGAUUGAAUUUUGAAUAUUUUUGGGAAAAAGCACAUGGUAGGAGGGGUUACAAACCACUUCCUCCUCCUCAGCCAAUACCAACGCCCAUCUCCGGUCAUCGGCAGUCAUUGGACACGCCUACGGUCGUGCCUGUGAUUAGCGCGCGUAGCCCUUCUUUAGCCAGCGAGUACUACAUUCGCUUAGAGGAACACACUCCACAGGACAAAUCCACUAAUCUUAAAGGGAAGUCAUCCUCAUCACAUACAGAUUCGGCUAGUUCUGGCGAUUUGGAGUUGGUAGAGAUUCCUAGUGGAACGCUCGAUAAGGGAAAGCCUACUUACCAAAACAACGUUGGACAAGGUGCCUCUCAGACACUCCAGACUGUGAGAUCCAGUGAAGUCCAAGUCCUGGUGCCAAACACAGGUCUGGUUGAGUUCAGUAAAGAAAGUUGUAACAGAGUGACCGAUUAUGCAGUAGUGGACAUCGGAGAUGUUAAAAGAGACGCAAACCUGAGACGCUCUGGAUCUGUAACUUCCCAAGUACCAAUCCUUCCACCAAAACCUCGCUCAAUGUCCAUGUCUUCAGGCAGCAAUUUACUCUCUCGGCCCCUACCUGUUCCUCCACCUAUGUACUCCCGCUCAUUUGGCCUAGGUCACUACCCUGCACCCACUUAUCCCAUUAGCAAAUCAGACACUUCAGAUUCCUUGUUUAUGAGCAGCUGUUCAACCUCAAAAGGCAACUUUGAUCAUCUGGGUUUCAAUCGGACACACCAGAGGCUGCCCCCAUCUCCGUCACAUUCUCCAUCCAUCCCUCCAUCCUCCAGUGGACACUCGAUAUUUCCUCCACCUCAGAGUUGCCCUCCACCCCUCCCUCCUCACUACAGACCCCAAAAGGAUCCCUUCCACAGUUAUGCAGGCGAAACAUUCCCCAGACAUAACAAUCCUGCGGUGCACUUAGAAAGAGACCCAUUAAGCUGUGACUAUUCUGAGAAGUGGACUGCUGACAGGAGCAUGACGUGUUCGCAGUCAUUGCACAACUCAACCUACAUAAAGGACGAGUCCCCAGGAGGCAGAGAAUCACCCUAUUCCAAAAUGUGUCACUCAGAGUCGAAUCCAGAAAUUGAGAGAAAGUCCUCCUCCAGCACGACAUACUCAGAAGAUGACUAUAAUUCCCCCUUUGUAUCUCCAAGUAGACUCAGCAGUGGUACUAUCAUUGAACACAUCAGCUUGGUUGAUGACCCAGAUCCUGCUACAGCAGAACUGUUCUCCAGAGGAAUGAAACGAACCCAGUCACGUCUUGACACAAUUCUUCCAGCGCUCUGGAAGGAGGAAGAUGCAGAGAUGCAUCGGGAGCGAGUUGCAGCUGCUAAGAAGUCGCCAAUACACCUGUUCCUAACGGAAAUCUCCAACGAACCUUUGGACUCCAACUUGGGGGAAACCUCAUGGGGCAGGGAUACUGACAAGGACAGUGGAUUUAAAGGAAUGCGACGCUCCCAAUCCCUCCUCACCGAACUUGACUCAGCCACUAAAGCAUGGGUACCCGAUAAAAUUGCAGAAGAUGAGGGUAUUAAAAAGAGGGAUUUGUUCCUCACUGAGAUUGACACUGCAAUGUCAGAUUGUGAAGACGUAUAUGAUGGCGAUGGGGGCAUCCCAGUAUCCCGCUUUGGGACCACACCCUUCCCUUAUGCACGUCCCGAAGACUUGUCUACAUAUACUGAAGCAGAAGAUGCCUUUGCACAAGGAAUGAAGAGAUCUCAAUCUCUACUGUCUGAGAUAAACACAGAAAUGUCAAAGAAAGAAGACAUGAGCAGAGUGGAGUUUCUAAAAGAGAUCCAAUCAGCUGAGACGUUUCUCACUGAGAUAAUAACAAGACAACGCAAACAGGAAGAAAGUCCAUCACCUGUAGCAAUAUCACCCGAAUACGAGUCCGUUUGCAUUGGCCCAACAUCCUCGCCAACAAUAAAAUUUGAAUCGUUAGCUACGCCUUUAAGUGAUACGAAAGAGGCAAUUUAUGCCCAAGUUACCAAGAGAGCUAAAAGAAGUGAAAUAAAAGUUGCAGUACGUCCAGAAAUGCCUGUUCUGCAAAUAGCAUCAGAACUACAAAGCCUCAAAAAAGAGCCAAAUUUAUCCACUUAUGCUCAUCCAGCCAAAGAAGAAUCAGAUUCAAAACCCCAAAGCCCUGCUGACUUUGUUCCUUCAGGCAUUCUGCCUAAAACAGGGCUUUUAAUGGACCAGACAUCUCCUGUGGUAAAAGAGCGAACAGAUGCAAAGGUGAUCAACAGUGAAAACGAAGAACCUCUCCAUAAUGUUAGCUUAGAACUACCGAGACAGUCCAGAGUUCAGUGCUUGUCAAAGGAUAUCAUAGAUGUGGACAUAACAGAAGCUAGCGAUAAGAGUAUCUUGACUGAAAAAACUGAGAGCGUUGGUAAGGUUGUGGAGGGAAUCCAUGUGCAGGAUCCACUGGUGUUCAGAAUAGAAACAAGAGAUGGUUCAUUUGAAAGUUCAGAAGUCCUUGGUGUAAAAGGGUGUAUGUAUGUAGAUAUUCCCGAUCCUGCCAGUUUAUCAAAUACCACUGCCUCCACAACUGAACAAGAUUGUGGCCAAGUUAUUCAAAGUUAUAAAAGCCAAGACUCUCCUCGAGUCUCCAAAAAGGAGACAUUGUUUACCUCCAGUGAGCAAACUACUUUGACUGACACAGAUUUCAAUAUAAGCACCAGACAUGAUGCUAAAGAAGUAGAUGACAUAAAAGAGGGCAUCAGUACAACAGACUCUAUGUUAUCUCUUGGUGAAGCAAGCACUGAUGUGUUACCACUGUCCUUUGCAAGGGAACAAAACUCUGAACAGUCCCUGUCUACUAUUACACCCACGGACUCAACAAUGUCACCCCUUACCUCUAGUUCUAUGGACUGCCUCACCCCUGGAGACUCAUGGGUUAGUGGAGGAGGCACUGGGUGGAGGAUCUUGGGUACUGAAACCCCCUAUCGAGAUUCUGCCUACUUUUCAGACAGUGAUUGGGAUGGUGGGGAAGGUUUGCCCAGAAGAGGUUCUGAUGGAUUGGGUUCUUCUCGUCCAGGCAGUGGUCGAGCAGGCGAGAGAGGAACGCUGAUGGGAAUUGAAGAAAAGACUGAGGCAGAGGACGAUGUUCAGGGUGGCAAAGUGGUUAAAAUAUCACUUGAUGCCGUAGUGGAUUCAGUGAAAAGCAUUACUGAAAUGAGUCCUAAACAUGGUAGUGAUGGUACAUUGCUUUCAGGAUAUGAGACUUCUGAUGUCCCAAAAACUGAAAACAAUGCUAUUGAUGAGUUGCUUUGUGCUAUUCAGGAUCCACCACUAAAAGCGUUCCCAUGCACUGAUGCCUCCAAGUUUACUUUUCAAAUAUCUUCUGUCACUGAUUUAAGUGAAGAAAAAGAGGUUCACAACAUGGAAUUGCUCUCCAAAACAAUAAUACAACCUGUAGAAAAGGUCCACAAGGCAAACGUUGUGGAGGAACUUCUUGAAACUCAGGCUUAUUUGAAAACAAAGGCGUAUGAGUUGAUGUACACUUCAAAAGGCGAAGAAAUUCAUAAGGAACCACUUAGGUCAGGAAAGCAUACACUGGAUAUACAAUACAGUGAUGCCAAUGAAUUGGGCUUGAGAAACCUUACUUUUACAGAAGAAAUGGAAGAGCAAGCAAAGACAAGGUCAGAAGCUGAAAGCCAGUUAACUGAAGCUGAGCUCUGCUUCACAACAAAGAAAUCUCCAAACACCAAACUGGAGCAGGAAGGCCUGGGAGAUCUUUUUCAAAAGGAAUGUUUUGAUGACUUUGGGGAGGACGCCUCAAAGGAACUAAAUGUGAAAGCAGAGGAAAUAUGGAAGGUUCUUGAAGAGCCUGGUUCCACAAACAGAUCUCUGAAGGAAGCAGUUGUAUGUCAUCGACUCCAGCAAGAUGAUCAUCAAAUCUGGACUGCAGAAAAUGACCAGUGGCCAUUGACUGAAAACGACCAGUGGGCAUCACCUGAAAAGAACACAUGGGUAUCCACUGAAAAUGACAGGAGGGCACCUGAUGAAAAUGACCACUGGGAAUCAAGUAAAAAUGACCAGUGGUCAUCAGCUGAAAAUGACCAGUGGGCAUCGACUGAAAACGAGCAGUGGGCAUCAGCUAAGAGAUCCGAAAAAGAACUAGCGACAGAAUUCUUUCCAGGUUUAGGACAAAACAAGUGUACAGAGGAGGAGAUAUUUGGCACGAGCCAUGAAUUCUGGGAAACAGAAAAUGAUGAACUAGCAAAGAGUGAGCCUCAUCCCACCAUUAUGGAGACACAUGGAAGUACUUACACUGAAGAAAAGCAAAAACAUCACAAACAUCAACCAACGUUUUCCAGUUGGGUUCCAGAAGCUCUUGAAACUCAACAGAGGAUGGACAUUCACCAGGAAGAAAACAAUGAGAAUCCUGACAUGGAAAACGGAGAACCAGAACAUUAUGUGGACUUAAAAGUGGAAGUGGAUAACCUGGAGAACCCAGAGCAAGAGCUUCUCACUCACUGUAAUGGUGUUGGAAGGAGAAGCUCCAGUGAUUGCAAGGUGUGCAUCCAAAAUGAGGCAGAAGAUGAAUUUCCAGGAGGUGAAGGAAACCAAAUAUUUAGCAGACCACAGAACAUUCUUGAAGUAAAGAACGAGGCUGGAGAAAGAGAACACCAUUUUGCUGAAUCAGGAAGGUUUGAAGGCUUGAAGAUACAGACUGAGACUCAUACCAAUCACAACAAUAACUGGGUCACGGCAACAUCUGAAACUGAUGAGGUCCAGGCCACAAAUAAUAUUGUUAUUAAACCUCACUUACCUUCAGCACACCAAGACGCAUACUUUAGCCAGGAUGUUGAAAGUAAUCACUGCCAAACAUCAAACAGGGAGACAGGCGAGGAUAUAUUUCUUGAAAAAGACAGAUCAGAUUCUCCAUCUUGUCCCAUUCUCACUGUUAACGCUGAAGCUGAACCUUGCACGAUCCACAGUAGCAACAUUCAGUGCUGCUCUCCUGCCUUAAUGUCUAUGGAUAUAUCGGAGUGUGACGCUUCCCAGCAUGCAGAAGUGAGCAAUUGCCAAGGCCCAAACAAUUUCCCAAACACGGUGCACCAUAUAGAGAUCAAGUCUGGUCCAGCUGAUCAACCCUGGAUGGACGUCACAGACCAUGAAAGUCUACUGGUCUUCUCUAACAAUGCAGAUUCCUUUAACCUAUCCACUGCUGAAUGCUCAACCAGCACCCACAGCAAAGGAAUUACUGCAAAUUUGGGACAAAAACCAUCACUGAUCGCUGAAAAUCAGACCCACCUGGUAUCUGAUUGCAUAAAUGAGGAUGACAUGAGGAAUAGCAAGUCUCACUCAGUGAUCUCUCAGAGCUCCUUGAACUCUAUCCCAGAAUUGCUCAUCUCAGAGUGGAAGGAUUUGGAUGAGGAGCCUCUGGAGGAUUUUGAAAAGCUGGAGAAGUUGUGCUGCAUUUCCGGAGAUGAAGAUAUUCUAGGAGACCUCUUGCUAGGAAACUUAGAACUAUUAGAAUCCUUGAAGAAGAAUCAUCAGUCUUUGCCAAGCACCAAUGACGACCAAGAGAACUCUGGGAUUUCAGAUGGCAAGACAAGAGUUGAGCUGAGCAAGGAGGUUCACGGAAUCUCAGACAUUUCCAUGGACGAAUUGCAAAGCUUGGAAGAAAAUGAGCUUUUACUCGAAAAGAAGGAGGGAGUGAACAUCUCACCUGCACUUUCACCAUGUCAAUUAAGCGAAGGUGCCAAAGGUCAGCGAUUGCUGUCUCAAAUGCCAGCUAAAAAUGGGUUAAUGAUGCAGGUUUGUGAAGAAAAACUGCAGUACUCCCUCAGUGAGAAUGUUCAAACCAACGUGCUAUGGGGAUCUACCAUUACUGACCGCGUCAUUCUGCGUCCUUGGGCAGAAACCAGUGCCGGCACUGCCUGUGAUGCUUCCAGUGAAGAAGCCUCACUGGGAACUGAGAGGUUUGUCGUUAAAAAUGAAGCAAUCCCAUCUAGCCCAGUUCUACCUAAAAGUAAAGAUGCUGAAGUAGAAAUGGGGACACAGAAAAUGAUGGAGAAGGCUGAAGUCACACCUGAUCCACCUGCCGCUAACCAAGCUAUGAAAGCUAAACUGGCCCGCCUCUCCCUCUCUCUCCCCCCAUUGCCUCUCUCGCUUCCUCUCUCUCCUGGUUCCAAAGGAUUCUGGGAAGGAGGGGAAAACAGAAUCGGCCGGAGAAGGGGCUUCUCAACAGGAAGCGAUCCUGAAGAGGAAGAAGAAGACGAAGAGCAGGAGGACGAGGCCUCUAGGAAGGUCAUCGUCGUCACGGAGACCGAUGUUCACAAGCGAGUAGGGCUGCGGAGUUUGCUGAAAUCGCCGAAGGAACCUGUCGACAAAGAAAAUCGCGACCAUGGGAGGAACGUGUCCUUUUUUGAUGAUGUCACUGUCUAUCUGUUUGAUCAGGAAACACCAACCAAUGAGCUGAGUUCCAGCUCUGCCCCUACAAGUCCGUCUCCUCUUGGAAAGCCCGCCCACUUUGAUGGACAUGGAGCGAGCGGGCACAAAGCCAGCAAGAACAAAGAGCAUGCAAAGUCCAAAUCAGCACUGAGCUCAUCAGCAACGUCAGCAUCAUCGCGCUUCACUGUCAGUCCCGCUGAUGACCCUCAUUUAGUCUGACACGCUUUGAUGCACACACACACACACACACACACACACACACACACACGCGCACGCACACCCUAAGGAAAUAUGUAGCGCUCUGGAGUGACGCUCGUCACCUGGAGGUUAUUUUUUUAAACUCAGACUCCUGUUUUUUUGAGGCUGGAGGAAAAAAAAAUUCAGGAACUUGUGUCUAAUCUGAAACGGAGUUCAUGGCUAUGCAAUAGGAGUCUCGUUACAGUUGUACCAGCUUCACUGCUCUAUUUACAUGGCUUCUUAAAGUACAUUUGUAUUCUGUAUUCAGAAGGGGAAGCACUUUUUUCGACCAGUACCUGUCUGUCUGUGACCUUAAAUAGAAGUGUUAGGCAUGUGCUGAAGUUACAGGUUACGAUAUUAUCGCGGUAUUGAAAGACAACCGCCGGUAAAAGGGAAGUUAGCGGAGAGAUAACGUUUAAAUUUACGCAGAUGAGAAGUGAAGUGAUGAAGAGUCAGGGAUGAAGGGGCACUUCAGUUUUUCCCACUGUGAAACAUAAUAGAUCCAAGUUUUUUUUUUUUUUUUUUAAUCAGAUGGAUGGAUAAAAAAUGUGAUUUACCAUGUUACUUAUAUCAGGACAUAAUAUAAAACACCGAUUGGAGAAGACUGUAAAGAAGAUCCCGGGUGAGUGUAAGCGCUGUUCUGCUGCCGGCUCUCCUGAUAUUUAUUACAAAAUUCCUGCAUAACUAUUAAAAAUGAAAUGCUUGGUAACAGCAUAAUUGUUAAACAUCUCGAUAUAUCGUAGACUUGAUUAUCGGCACAUGCCUAUCAGUCAAUGUAAAUUUGUUCUCGUUGCAGUUGAGGCGAACCCGAGGCCUCUGUAUCUAACAGUGCAGUGCUCUUUUAGUCUUUGUACAAAUGAGUAGUGACAUUACGGCGUUGUACAAACUCAUUUUAGGAUUUAUUUCACCUUUAUUCUUAGAUUGCACGCAAGAAAAAAAUUGCUACCAACUGUCUAAAUUAUGUUUUAUACAGUGUUUUUAAUUGUGAAAUUUUAUUUAUUUAUUUAUUUAUUUAUCCUUUGUCCCACCCCCACCCCCCACCCAAAAAAAAAAAAAAAUGCACAUUUACUUUGUCUUGGAUGUUAUGCAUUAUUUUAAUCAGGUGCUACAAAAGCCAGAUUAUUUCACCUCCAUAAGCUUUGCAAUAUUUUAUAUUAUUUGCCUUCUUAUUUACCUAGAUGUUAGUCUGUAUGGAUUUGUCACUUUAGCGUGUCUGUUUGGAAAUGUAUUAUUUUGAAGUGUGUUUGACACAGUCUUUACAUUAUUUACGUUUAAAAGCAAUUAAAAAAAAGAAAUAAAUCGUCAAAAAAAAAACAAAAAAAAAAAAAACGAUUAGUUAGCGACACGCUGAUUCAUAUUUAAUUUGAUAAAUCAGUGUCAGAGGAUAAAACCAGCUCAUUUGUAAAAGUGUCUCAUUGCGAGGUUUCUUAAGGAUUAUUCUGGGGAGGAAAAAAAAGGAAACUGUGAAACAUUUAACGAACUGUUUGAUGAAAAUAAAUUGUAUUGGCUUAUAAAACCCUGGUGUGUUU